AUGUGCGUCGCCUCCGCCUCGGCUGAUAGGUCUGUCCGUAUAUGGUCGACGACGUGUGCAAGACCUGUCCGUAUACUUUCCGAGUUGACUUCAGCGGUAACAGAGCUAGUCGCUAGCCCCGACGGCUUAUCGUUGAUCACAGCAGACCGUCAACGUCACCUCACUUUCUGGGACGUGCGAAUGUGGAAAAUAUUACAGUCAUUGUCCACAAAGAAUGUCGUUUACACCGCACGCUUUUCACCCGAAGGUCGCACCCUGGCGAUCGCCGGUGCCAAAGGUUUUUUUGAGCAGUUUCGUCUAUCCGGUCACGAUGUCGUCUGCUACGCCAGAUUUUCGCCCGGACGGGUGUCUUAUGAUUCGUCUCUUCGCUUCUUGACUUCCCGUUUUUGCAAUGACACAUCCGUGUUCGUUGGAGCAGCUUAG